GUACCUACGUUAAGUUAUUUGCAAGUUCUUAUUUUUGUCAUUCAGCGUCCCAGAUGAAACACAGCAAAAUAAAAUAAAAUGGUGAUUUAGCAGAGUGUGGCUGUGCACGAUAGCAGUGAAGUGCCCUUAAUAAGGGCCUAUAUAUUUUGCUUUUCUUUGUUUGCCUUGUUUUGUGCGGUUCCACAUCGCCAAGGUUUCGAGAUCGAUUUCAUGCUGGAGCUGCCCCUCCCCUGAUUUCAUCUCAGCCCAUCGCACCCACAUCUCAGUUAGUAUCGGACCAGAAAGUAAAGAUGGGCAAAGGACCUGGACUGUUUUCUGAUAUUGGAAAGAAGGCACAAGAUCUUCUCACUAAGGACUACAACUAUGAACAAAAAUUUACCGUGUCAACAUACUCUGGAGAUGGGUUGGGUUUUACAUCCACUGGUGUGAACAGAGGGGGGUUUUUCUCUGGUGAUAUUAACACACAGUACAAGUACCAGAAUUCCACUAUUGAUGUAAAAGUGGACACAAAUUCCAAUAUCUCAACUAAAAUAACUGUUGAUGAAAUCAUACCUCGUACAAGGACUGUUCUUAGCUUCAAAUUUCCGGAUGAGAAAUCUGGCAAGUUAGACAUGCAAUAUUUGCAUGAACAUGCAGGCUUCAGCUCAAGCAUUGGUUUGACUCCCAAGACUGUAAUGGACUUUUCUGGGGCAAUUGGAAGCGAGGUUUUUACUGUUGGUGGUGAAGUAGGAUAUGAUACUGCUUCAGGUUUAUUCACGAAGUACAAUGCGGGCAUAGGCAUUGCAAAACCUGAAUUCAGUGUUGCUGUCAUAUUGGCGGACAAGGGUGACACCUUGAAAGCAUCAUAUCUGCAUGUAGUCAACCCUCUUGCAAACACAUCUGUUGCUGCUGAGAUUUCACGCAGGUUUUCAGAAAACAAGAACACUUUCACUGUUGGUAGUUCCUAUGCUCUUGACCCUAUCACCACAGUGAAAACACGGCUUAACAACCAUGGGAAGCUUGGUGCACUACUUCAGCAUCAGUUCAUGCCCAAAUCUGUGUUAAGUCUUUCUGGAGAGUUUGACACAAAGGCCCUUGAUAAGUCUCCCAAGAUUGGUUUGGCAUUGGCAUUGAAGCCCUGAGAUUGCCUGUUCUAAACAUAAAGGGUAUUUUUUCUGGAAAGUAGGCCAUUUUGAUUUUUGCAGGAAGCAUAUGCUACUUUAUUCUUUUUCAAAAUGCUGGAGUCUGAUGUCAGAUUGAAUUGAUUAGGAACAUUUAUACAAGCUUGAAGAAUAUAUAAUCAUCCUUUUUUUAUUGUGCAAGAGCAGAGUAAUUGUAGAGUUCGAGAAUUUACUCAGGCGGGAUAUCUAUUUGAUUAUUAUCCAAGAAUUGUGAUUAAUAUGCACCUGGUUUGGCAUUGGAGUUCAUCACAAGAACAAAAUUUCUUUGACUGUAAUCUAACUAGAGCUCCUUUGUGCCUGAAUAAGAUCCAUGAAUUAUGAGAUUAGAUGCUAGGUUAUUUAUUGUGGACGUGACCUGGAGUGUUAGCUGUUAGGCAGCAAGAGUUCUAUUCAGAAUAAAACUGGUGCAGUUAUUUAUUAAAUUAUGUUAGGCAGCAAGAGUUCUAUUCGAAAUAAAACUGGGGCAGUUAUUUAUUAAAUUAUUUGUAGUGUUUUAAACACACUACCUUUUUUCUCUUA